UUGUUGUGGGGAGUUCCGCAUCGCGACGUGUCUCCAUCAUCGGAUUUAUCAUCGCAAGUCGGCAACAGGCGCGGUGGAGAGUGUGCCAAGCCACCGCAUCUCGAUUCGUGCUAGUGGCGCACGCCAGCUGUUAGUUGGUGCGCGAUCGUGAAACACUACGGACGGGUGUCGAUCAGUGUCGGUCAGUUGGUUGGUGGAGUUGUGUUCGCCGCUGUGUACGGCCGGUGUGCGUGCGAAGCGUUCAUUAACCAGUUGGUCCCGUUUGUGCCGGCCCGAACCAUUGCAGACGAUUUGUGCUCGGUUCCGUUCCUGGAGCGGCCGAACACAAACGGCACUUUAGCACAGUUUGGUGGCCGCCAGCUUUAAGAGACGCCGGGCGAGAAAGCUGAAAGCGAACCAGGCCACUGCUAGCACUUUUUCGGCGUGGGAUCGGAUAAAGGAGAUCUUAAACCCCGAUUGGGACGUACUAAUUGGACGGAUAUAGGUCGAUGUCGGUGGCACCUUCCCUGGCCGAAAAAGCUUCUCCAACAUGGCCACCGUCAAAUCUGCCACCCAGCGACCGUUGAACGAGAAGGCGGAAGAGGGAUUGGAACUGCCAUCGCGAAUAGUUAAACCACCGCCCUUGCCGUCUAUUCCUGAGGUGCAACAGUUGACUGGACCGCGUGAAAAUCGUGACCAACUCCGCCAUUGCUUCGUACCAGCCGAUACGAACGGUUGUCUUGGGUUGCAUCUCAGUCGCACUCCCUGGGAUCCGUAUCCGUGGGUGAGCGGUGUCGUAGAAGGGUCCUGUGCGGAUACGGCCGGCGUACGGAUCGGUGACUGUGUGCUCGAAGCGAACGGAGAGGAUCUGCUCGGCCUGAAGGUGAUCGACAUCGCCAAACGGGUCCGUGGUCGAAAAAUUUCCCACACGAAUCCUGCCGGCGUUGGAUUGUUGCUGUGGAAUUCGGGCUUUGAGAAAAAUAACCUUAACCCACAGUCAUUGUCACGAUUUGCCAAUUGUCUGCAAGGCAUUACCGGGCUGCUCGAGUGUCCAAUCUGUUUGGAGAUCAUACGACCACCUUCGUGGCAAUGUAACCAUGGGCAUCUGAUCUGCUCUGGCUGUCGCUCCAGGACAACCAAGUGUCCGAUAUGUCGGGAAGUGCUGGGCCGUGGUCGAUGCAUCGUAGCGGACAAGCUGUUCCAUUAUCUGGUGCAAACCUUGGGCCGUGAAGGAGCAGACCAGCAUCAGUACACGGCAUUGGAUCCGAAAUCACAGGACGCAGCACACAACCAGCAGCAUCGUCAAGCAAACAUCUCCGGACGGCUUCCGCUGGUGCGCCGGGAGCACCAACAUCGUCCAUCGCAGCACCGACCACAGCCAGCGCAUCAGUUCACGCACAAGCACGCAUUCAAAUUGAAAGCAAACAUCGGCCCUAAUGACACACCGGCAUCAGUACUUCCAUCCCAGGUGACGACAGCAGCGUCCAGCGUACCGGUCACGUACCACUGCCCUUCCGGUCAGCCUUGUGCGCGGAUGAAAAAACAACAUGACAUCCUGAUUCACCUACAAAAAGCACACCAAACCAGCGUUGUGCAGUACUACGUCACGGCAGACGACACGGUGGACGUCACGCUGGUCGAUGGCGGCAAUUCGUUGGCCUGCGUGGUCUUACUGCCGACCCAACCGUUCAAGGGCAAUCACAUGUUCUUCGUGACAAAGUUUCGCCGCCUGGAGGAACCGAACGAUACGCUCUGCUGGAUGUGGCACUUGGGCGAGGAACACGAGAGUGGCCAGUUCCAGGUGCAGCUGUUUCCCAUCGCAACAGAUGAUCGGCUGCCGGUGACGGGUGGGUCCUGGCAGGGAAAACCGGUUCCGCUCGUGUGGAGUUGUCAGGAGAUUCUCCGGAGCAGACAGUAUUUCCGAAUAAAUCAGGACAUUCGUCGAAUGCGCGUUUGCGUACGUGUGUACGAGACCCAUGGCUCCAUCAAUGCGUAAAGCGAUGGAAGCACCCAAAACUCUAGAGACCACUUUUCCGCUGAAAAGACUGACCAUUUCUGGUUUACCAAAAGGAUGACAAUACCGUAAUAAGAUCAUUACCAUUCGCUUACAAGUACAAACGUAGUAUCCUGAUCAGGUCGUAUACAAGACGGUGCAUUUGUGAACGUUACAUGACAAUGAAAGGGAAAACUGGUGAACUACUAGAAAUGAAAGUGUUUCGAAGUGUGAACUUUACAAUAAAGUUAA